AUGGACUCUUUCGUCAAGAUCGCGGGGGUGGCUGUUGCCGCCACGGUCCUGCUUAUCAUCGGCAAUGCCAUUCGCCAGCUGCUUCCAAGAAGCAAGUCUGAGCCGCCGGCCGUCUUCCAUUGGAUCCCCAUCGUUGGAAAUGCAAUCUCAUAUGGCAUGGACCCUCCUACUUUCUUCCGCAAGAACCGUGAAAAGUAUGGCGAUAUCUUCUCCUUUACUCUCUUCAACAUGAAGUUGAUGUGCUACUUUGGUAUCGACGGAAACGAAUUCAUCCUCAACGGCAAAGUGGCCGACCUGAACGCCGAGGAAGUCUACGGUCCUCUCACCGUCCCCGUGUUCGGUAAAGAUGUCAUAUACGACUGCCCCAACGCCAAGCUCAUGCAGCAGAAGAAGUUUGUCAAGUUCGCACUUACGCAACAGGCCCUCGAGGGCGCCGUCCCCAUCAUCGAGAAGGAGGUCACCGACUACAUCAAGACCACGCCCGGGCUCAAGGGCCAGGCCGGCACCCUCGACAUCUCAAAGGCCAUGGCCGAGGUCAACAUCUUCACAGCCAGCCGCGCCAUCCAGGGCGAGGAGAUCCGCUCCAGGCUCAGCCGAGAUUACGCAAAGGUGUACAACGACCUCGACAAUGGCCUCCAGCCUGUCAACUUCCUGAUGCCCUGGUUCCCGUUCCCCCACAACCGCAAGAGAGACCUCGCCCACAUCCACAUGCGAAACCUCUUCCUCGAGGUCAUUGAGAAGCGCCGGAAGCAAGGGCCCGAAGCCGAGCACGACAUGAUCUGGAACCUGCUCAACUGCAAGUACAAGGACGGCACCCCGGUCCCGGACAAGGAGAUCGCCCACAUGAUGAUCACCAUGCUCCUCGGCGGCCAGCACUCGUCCUCGUCCUCCAGCUCCUGGAUGCUCCUCCACAUCGCCUCGCGGCCCGAGGUCGGCAAGGCCCUGUACCAGGAGCAGGUCGACAACCUCUCCAAGGACGGCAAGCUCCAGCCCCUCACGUACGCCGACCUAGACAGGCUGCCCCUGCUCAAGAACGUCGUCAGGGAGACCCUCCGCACCCACUCGUCCAUCCACAGCGUCAUGCGCAAGGUCACCCGCACCCUCGAGGUCCCCGGCACCCCCUAUGUCCUGCACCCGGGCACCGUCAUGCUGUCCUCGCCCCUCGUCACCCAGCUGAGCGACGAGCACUUCCCCAACGCCGCCGAGUGGAACCCUAGCCGCUGGGAGAGCAAGGAGGAGAAGAAGGUGGAGGGAGAUGGGGGGAAGGAGGCCAAGGAGGAGGAGGAGGAAAGCGAGCAGGCUUUGUCCAAGGGCGCCCGCAGCGCGUAUCUGCCCUUUGGCGCUGGACGGCAUCGAUGCAUCGGCGAGAAGUUUGCGUAUCUGAACUUGGAGGUCAUUGUCGCCACGUUUGUGCGCCACUUCCACCUCAGCAACGUGGACGGCAGCCGGGAGGUGCCUCCUACUGAUUACUCGUCUCUGUUCUCGCGGCCUACCAUGCCUGCUGUGAUCAGGUGGGAGCGUCGGGUUCCGGAUGAGAAGGCUUAG